CUUCACAAACCAUAUUCCACCAAAUGAUGAGUCUCAAGGUCUGUUCAAUUGCUUUAAUAGUCUCUAUAAUCUUUUCUCUCGUCUUGAUUUCAGAAUGUGGAAUCAUUGUGGUCUAUUGGGGCCAAAAUGCAAGGGAAGGCACCUUGAGUGAUACAUGUUCCUCUGGAUUAUACAAGAUUGUUAACAUAGCCUUCCUCCCAACUUUUGGCAAUGGGCAAACUCCUAAACUGAACUAGCUGGCCGGUCACUGUGACCCUUCAUCUGGGGGCUGUCAAAAAUUAAGCAACAGCAUCCGCCAGUGUCAAAGCCAAGGAAUUAAGGUCAUGCUCUCGAUUGGCGGUGGCGCUGGAAGCUAUUCUUUAUCAUCAGAUAAUGACGCCAGGCAAGUAGCAAAUUAUCUGUGGAACAACUUUUUAGGGGGCAAAUCAAAUUCAAGACCACUAGGUGAUGCUGUUUUGGAUGGCAUUGACUUCGAUAUUGAACAUGAGCAAGGCCAAUCCUAUUAUGCUACUCUGGCAAGAGCAUUGUCUGAUUACAGCAAACAAGGCAAAAAAGUGUACUUAACUGCAGCACCACAAUGUCCAUUUCCUGAUCGGAGCCUCAAUUCCGCACUUAGCACCGGACUCUUCGACUACGUGUGGAUCCAGUUUUACAAUAAUCCUCCUUGUGAGUACACUUCUAGCAGUCCCAACAACUUCAAAAACUCAUGGAACAAAUGGACUUCAUCCAUAAAAGCAAAUCAGUUUUUUGUUGGACUUCCAGCUUCAACGGCGGCUGCUGGAAAUGGUUAUGUUCCAAAGCAAGUUCUAAUAUCAGAGGUCCUGCCAUUUGUGAAAAGGUCAUCAAAAUAUGGUGGGAUCAUGCUUUACGAUCGAUACAAUGAUGAACAGAAUGGCUACAGUUCUGCUGUGAAGGGCAGUGUUUAAGUUUACUAUCCAAGCCACCAUGUUAUUACUAAAUAAAAAAUCCAGAAGAGUAAUGUGGCCUAAUAAUGAAGCCACCAUGUUAUUACUACUUCUGCUGUGAGCAUGUUAUUUAUCUAAUCACUAAAAAAACUUUAUUAUCAAUGAUACAACAAUAAUUGUCCUUGUA